AUUACUUUGUACAGCUCUACAGUGGAAAGAGGCUGGUCGGUUUUACGCAGCCUCACCAAAUGUAAGGUAUCCUGAAUGCAGAGGUUUACAAGCCAAGUCACCAUUACCAGUACUCGGUCUUGAGGUACCAUAUAGGAUAGCGCCGGCAAGACCAAAAAUAUCAGCGGUGUGCCGAUUUUCUGUGCUCAUUGUUUUUUUUUCUUUCGGAAAGGAGUGGUAUUUCGCAGACUAUUUGGAUGAAAAUUCCCACCAAAUCGUGCCGGUUGACAGGAGAGUGGCAGUGCGGAUCUGCCAGAGACUGGAUAUAGGGACUGCCCAGUGACACUGCUAGACAAGUCGACCGCCGCGUCUCGCCUAUUCACGGCUAGCAGGUCGAGGAGUGGAGCUUGUAUGCAGAUGCUGACAAAAGAGCUGAUAUUGGGAGAGUGCUCCGUUGGAUAGGAGAUCUACAGGGAAAUAGUUUGUGCCGUUGGCUCUCCUGCCAUCGUCAGGGUGGAGGUAGGUAGUGUUCCAGGACGCUGACGGGGGCCGGUCGCCCUACAACCGAGCUUAGGGAUUGUACCUGUUCAGUAUAACCGGACGCCAAGAUGGGAUGUACAAUGAGCGCCGAGGAGCGAGCCGCUCUGGAAAGGAGCAAAGCCAUAGAGAAAAAUCUAAAAGAAGACGGAAUACAGGCUGCAAAAGAUAUUAAAUUAUUGCUUUUAGGUGCCGGCGAAUCGGGAAAGAGCACUAUAGUCAAACAAAUGAAAAUCAUCCACGAGGGUGGUUUCACCAGUGAGGACAACAAGCAGUUUAAACCUGUGGUUUACAGCAAUACUAUACAAUCACUAGUGGCGAUUAUCCGGGCCAUGGGUACUCUCAAUAUACCGUUUGGGGAUAACGAGAGGGAGGUAACUUCCAGUGACCUCUGAUGCAAGAUGGUAUUGGAUGUCAUAGCCAGAAUGGAAGACACCGAGCCGUUCUCGGAAGAGCUACUUGCAGCUAUGAAGCAUCUGUGGGUGGACAGUGGCGUACAGGAGUGCUUCGGUAGAUCAAACGAAUACCAGCUGAAUGAUUCAGCAAAAUACUUUUUAGAUAGCCUAGACCGUUUAGGUGCUAAAGAGUACAUGCCGACAGAACAAGAUAUACUUCGGACUAGAGUAAAGACAACUGGCAUUGUAGAAGUACACUUCUCCUUCAAGAAUUUGAAUUUCAAAUUAUUUGAUGUAGGGGGUCAACGAUCAGAGAGAAAGAAAUGGAUUCACUGUUUUGAAGAUGUCACAGCGAUCAUUUUUUGUGUAGCUAUGAGUGAAUACGACCAGGUUCUUCAUGAGGAUGAAACAACAAAUCGCAUGCAGGAGAGUUUGAAACUGUUUGAUUCCAUCUGUAACAAUAAAUGGUUCACAGACACCUCUAUCAUCCUCUUCCUCAACAAGAAAGAUUUGUUCGAAGAGAAAAUCAAGAAGUCCCCCCUUACAAUAUGUUUCCCCGAAUACACAGGCAAACAAACUUAUGAGGAGGCGGCUGCAUAUAUUCAAGCGCAGUUCGAAGCAAAGAAUAAAAGUUCGACGAAAGAGAUUUACUGUCACCAAACUUGUGCAACAGAUACUAACAACAUCCAGUUCGUGUUUGACGCUGUCACUGACGUCAUCAUAGCCAACAACCUUCGAGGAUGCGGCUUGUACUAACGGCAGUCACGUGACCACUCGGUUCUGCCAAAAGAAGGAACAAAAAAAAAAUAUGACUGUUUCAUGCGCAGUUUCUCGUUCAUUAUCUCUCGUGUGGUAUCCAUGGCGACACCAUUCGGCGAAGAGGUCCCACGUCUCUUUCAUUUGCAAAUUACACGAUUACGAUUUUAACGUUUUUACGCUAAAAUGAAGAAAAAAAAACCCUAAACAAAUCUUGCAUCAGCUGCAGUGUGUGACUGACUGAGAGGAUUGGCUCGUGUGCCCAGAUUCAGAGUGGAACACUCCUUAUAUAUAUAUAUACAUAU